UAACAAUUUUUCAAGAUGAAUAUGAACGAGUGCGAUUUUAAGGAUUUACGCACAAAGCUCGAUGUGAUGGGCUUCAACCAGACAUUGCCUGUGCUGGCAAUUCCGCUGGUUGCAGCUGUCUUUGGCGAUUUGAUAAAAACAACAGAAUGCCUUCGUGAUACAAAAAGGCAGGUUGCUGAUCUCCUGGAAGAAAAAACCUGCUGGGAUCUGGGUGUUGAGCCCUACAAAUGCGACAACUCGCGUCUCCUCGCCGAGUGCAACGAGUUGCAUUUGCAGUUUUUAAAAGAACGCGAGGGUUACGAGCUGCGACUUUGUGAGUCGGAUCGUCGAAUACGCAGUCUGCAGACAGAUAAGGAACACUUGCAGAGCCACAAUGUGCAAUUGCAGAGUCAACUCGAUUCGUUUCUCUCCAAGCAAAUAAUGACAGCGGCAACGACGGCCAAGCGAACACAACUUGGAACAUUUAGGCAGGGCAAGAAGCCAUUCAUAACGACUGUGCGCUCUGGCGAAGUGUUGCCUGCUGUGGGUAGUUCGGCAACUGCCACGAACUGUGCCCUAAAAUGCACAAAAUGUAAUGCGGGCGUUGUCCAAAAGACCACAACUACAACAAAGGAUGGCGUCACAGUCACCCAGACGAGUGGGCCCGAAGAGUUCGACAGGCUGCAAAAUGAGCUGGCGAGUGCAGGCGAGCAGCUGGAAUUCUAUAAGCGUAAAGUGGAAGCAAGAAAUCGUGAGAUUCGACGAUUAAACGAUAUGCUCUCUGGCGGGCGUCCACCCGCUGCAUUAGCGAAAGACUGUUGCUACAAAGAGGUGGGUGCCCUCUCGCAGGACAUUGAUCUGUUGCAGCGCGAAAAGGGUGAACUGAUGGCACAGGCACGCGACUAUCAGGAUAAGAUGCACGACGCAAUGCAGCGUGCGCUACGCAUCGAGGAGGACAAACAAAUGUUGCAAACGCAUCUGGACGAGCUGAAGGAAGCGGCACUGCAGGUGGAGCAGCAGGCCAAUUCCGAGAUAGAUGCCCGCGACUCAGAGCUGCGUCAGCUGCAAAAUGAACUGAAACAAUUGAAGCAACGUAAGGCUGGUGGAUACGUGCCAUCAUCAGACACCGGGCCGAGUGACAAGCGUAUGCUAAACGAAAAGCUCAAUCUGCUCACCCGCCGCGAGGAGGAGGUGCAAGCGCUGAACGAAAAGCUUAAAAAGAAGCUGCUCAAAUUGGAAGCCAAGCUGUCAGCGCUACAGAAAGAGCAGCGGGAACAGCAGCAACAGAGCAACGUUACGCUGGAUGAGGAGAAAAUCAGACUGAAGUCUGAGCGAGACUUCUUCCAAAAGGAGUAUCUACGGCUGAUGAGUAAAUCGGGCUCAGACUCUGAGAUCGCAUUCCUGCAUACCCAAAUCAAAUCCAAGGAUGACGAGCUGCACGCACUGCGCUCCGAACUAUGUAUGGCUUCUGCGAUUAGGUUGGACUUAUCGCCACGCAAGGGUGUUCACUGUGACAGCCUGCCACCGCCGACAGCGUGCAGCUCGAAUACGAACAGCGCACGCAGCGAUUGCGUCCAGGCUGCCAUUGGACGUGUGGAACGCGAACGCGACUGUGCCCGCACUGAGCUCGAACGGAUGCGUUGCGAACGGGAUACACUGCGUGAGAAGCAGUUGAGCAGUGUCCAAUUGCAUGCCGAGGAGCUGCAAACGCUGCGUCUGCGCAACGAACACUUGCAGGAUCGCAUACGUCAGCUUGAGCGAGAUAAUCGGGACUUGAAUACGGCACGCUAUCCCGCCGAGACGCACAAUGUGCUCCUCAAGGAGGAUGUGGCUCAACUGAAACAGCGCCUGGUCACGCUGCAAUCGGAGUUGGAAACUGUGAGGAGGGAGAACGAUCAAAUAACCUUGAUUAAUGAGCAGAAUGAACGCAUUGUGGCCGACUAUCAGAGCAAGUUGCUACUGUCGGAGCGACAGCUGCGGCAAGCUGAUGUGCGUGCCAGCACCUUGGACUCCAGUCGCGAAUCCAAUCGCAACGAGGUCACACAAUUGCGUACGGAAAUUGGAGCACUUCGUCAGACAUUCGGUGCCUUGGAGCACGAGAAGGAUACACUGCUGCAUCAAUUGGAUAACAAAACGGAGCGUCUCUAUAAGCUGGAGUAUGAGAUCAAAGAUUGUCGAGAGAAGCGAGAUGCAAUGGAGCAAACAAUCAAAGAGCUCGAAUCCCAAGUGGGCAAACUGACCACAAGAACCCGUCAACGCGACUCAGAAUUGAAUGAAACCUCAGCGGAAAGCAAAACAAUGCGGCAACAGAUUGUGGCACUCAAAGCUAGCCGCGAUGAGGCAAUUGCGGAAAACGGGCGACUAACGGGCAGAUUAAGUGAUGCCCAAGUGGAAGCUAAGACACUGCAAAAGAAGCUGAAGGAUGCGGAGCAGCAGGUGGCCGACAUGAAACAGAAGCUGCACAAAUACGUCCAGGAGGUGAAAAGGGCCGAGGAUCUGCUCAUGCAAAAGGUUUACUGUGUAUUAAAGGAAAAGGAUCGAGAGGAACUAUUGGAUCACUAUCACAGCUUGACCCACGACCAAGUCGUCCUCGAAGGCAAUAACCAGAGUUUGGAGUUCGAAGCGACUGAAUUCAAGCGGCAAAUCUGCGAACUGGAAUGCGAGGUGCGCUCCCUUAAGGACCAGAUACUCUGCCGGCAAUGCACCAUUGACGAGCUGGAAAUGCAACUGACUGCCGCUCGUGCCUCAAUGCGCUGCCUGGAGCGGGAGCUGGAGAAUGCGCGCGAGCAGAAGAUUGAGCUGGAUGUGCGCAAAGAGCUGUGCGAUAAAUUGGAUGUUGAGAAAGAGAAGCUGAACGCUGAGCUAAACGAACUCAAUGAGAUCCGCAAGAAGCUGGAAAAAGAAUGCGAAAAACUACGCAGCGAACUACAGCAAAAGUCUGUCCUAAAUCAGGUGACCACAGAGACAACGGAACAAAUGCUGGGCCGAAUACGCGGCGAUCAGCAUCGUCAAGAUGAGGCCGAGCUGAGCUCCAAACGUGAACUGGAACGCCUGCGGCAGCUGCACGAAUCAACAUUGAGUGAACUUCAGGAAGAGCGAUCGCGUUGCAAUCAGCAGGAGCGUCUUGCCAAUCAGUAUGAGCAGCAGGCAAGAGAAUUACGCAAGUGCUUGGCCGAGGAUCGCUUUUGCCAGGCACGCUCAAGGGAGGCUAGUCCCAAAAUCCCACCAACAACAACACUAUAAAGCAAUAUGUGAAUUGUGUUUUUAGUAUGUUUAUUUUGUUCAUCUUUUUGUCUGUGUGUACUGUGUACAUCGUAUUUUACUUGUCC